GGUCUGCAGAGCACUCGAGUCGGACGCUUUCACUCCUCCCCUCUCCUCACCAUGUCGUCUAGCAUCGAGCUCAUCAACCCCAAGGCGGAGAGCGUCAGGAGGGCCGCCGCGCUCCAGGUUAACACUACCGGAGCGAUGGGUCUUGCUGCUGUGGUAAAGGGCAACCUCGGCCCAAGGGGAACCCUGAAGAUGCUCGUCGAUGGCUCAGGUCAAAUCAAAAUGACCAAGGACGGCAAAGUCCUUCUCUCCGAGAUGCAGAUCCAAAAUCCUACUGCGGCUAUGAUUGCACGUACUGCAGUUGCUCAGGAUGAUCAGGUCGGUGACGGCACCACCUCCGUCGUUCUCCUCGUCGGCGAGCUCCUCAAGCAAGCCGAUCGCUACAUCUCCGAAGGUGUCCAUCCUACUGUGAUCGGCCAAGGUUUUGACAUCGCAAAGAAGGAGGCUCUUGCAUUUCUUGAUACGUUCAAGAGGCCAGUCAAGCUUGACCGCGCAACCCUCAUUAACGUCGCAUACACCUCUCUUGCCACCAAAGUCAACUCCGCACUCGCAAAACAACUCGCAGCAGAUGUCGUCGAUGCUGUCCUUACCAUCCGACCCCCUGCCCCUGCAACAAAUGCGCCUGACCAGUUCCGCGAGCCCAUCGAUCUUCAUAUGAUUGAGAUCAUGAAGAUGCAGCACAGGACAGCGUCAGAAACGCAGCUCGUGCGCGGCCUCGUCCUCGACCACGGCGCACGGCACCCGGACAUGCCGAAGCGCGUCGAGAACGCGUUCAUCUUGACGUUGAACGUCUCUCUCGAGUACGAGAAAACCGAGGUCAACUCGGGCUUCUUCUACUCGUCCGCGGAGCAGCGCGAGAAGCUCGUCGAGUCCGAGCGGCGCUUCACGGACCAGAAGGUGAAGAAGAUCGUCGAGCUCAAGAACCUCGUCUGCGACCAGGCCGUCGGGAGCAACGAGCGCAAGAAGAACUUCGUGAUCAUCAACCAAAAGGGCAUCGACCCUCUCAGUCUCGACAUCCUCGCCAAGCACGGCAUCUUUGCCCUCCGCCGCGCGAAGCGCCGCAACAUGGAGCGCCUACAGCUCAUUUGCGGCGGCGUCGCGCAGAACUCGGUCGACGACCUGACGCCGGAGGUGCUCGGGUGGGCGGGGCUCGUGUAUGAGCACACGCUGGGCGAAGAGAAGUUCACGUUCAUCGAGGACGUCAAGGAGCCGAAGGGCGUCACGCUCCUCAUCAAGGGCCCGAACCCGCACACGAUCCAGCAGACGCAGGACGCGCUGCGCGACGGCCUGCGCGCGGUCAAGAACGCGAUCGAGGACGAGGCGCUCAUCCCUGGGGCCGGCGCGUUCGAGGUCGCGUGUGCGGCUCACCUUGUCGGCGCGGUGAAGACCGCCGCGAAGGGCCGCGCGAAGAUGGGCGUGAGCGCGUUCGCGGAGGCGUUGUUGAUCAUCCCGAAGACCCUCGCUGCGAACGGCGGGUUUGACGUUCAAGAUGUGAUUGUCGCGCUCCAGGACGAGCAGGCCGAAGGCAAUGCAGUCGGUAUCGACCUCGAGUCCGGAGAGCCCUUCGACCCCACCGUACAAGGUGUCUGGGACAACUACCGUGUAAAGAGGCAGAUGCUCCACUCAUGCUCGGUCAUCGCGGUCAACCUGUUGUCGACGGACGAGAUUUUGCGUGCGGGACGGAGUUCAUUGAAACCGGACGGGCAGCAGUAGAGUCUAGACGUUCAAAGUAGCAGAUGUACUGAUAUUACACCACCCAUAACCAUUCGACAUUUU